AAAACAUUUCUAUAUUGUAAAUAAUGCUAACUAAUGUAGUGACAUUUAGCCAGACGAACCUGCAAUAAUAACAAUGCAAUUCAAUCAAAUGAUAUAAUAUUUUUUUUUCCAUUUCAAGUAUUUCGCACCAUGAAAUCAUUGUUAACCUCUCGAAAUUUUUGUGUCGAGUUGCUCCAGUGUUGUCCCCGAAAAAAAGGAAGGAUGUAUAACGACAUCUAUACGUCCGUUUCGGUCUCGAACAUAAAGUGGUCCGUUCAUCCUCGAUAAACCGUGGAGUUAUUGUUAUUAUUCGCUAAAGUCACGCGUCGCGCAGCCGCGAAGUUUCUGCGUGUACGCUCCAGUAUCAACGUGUCAACGCGCAAUUGUAGAUGCGCCUUUUAUCUCGUUGAUUCACGCAUCAGCCAGCCUAUUUGAACUAAAGGAGAGGAGGACCGUUUCUGAUGAAUAAUAAACAGCACGGCAGAUUGCGCGAGAAAUUAUUCAACGCGGAUCGUUAAAAAUUCGUCGAGCGACGUACACGGUGCUCGAUCGAUACGAGUCUUAUUCAUGGAGGAGAAGAAGAAGGACUUGCCGUAUCAGGAACUUCGACUAUCCGUCCAGACAAUAUUAUCGACGAAGUUGGUAAACAAAAUUUCGUGACACCGAUCGAAUUCGCCGCUUUAUCCGAGACUGAAGAUUUUUAUCGGAGGGACCGAGAGUUUGGACGCGUUCUUUCGUUUCUUCGAUUCACGUUCGGCGAGAGAGGAGGUUCGCGCUACGCGCAGGAUCAUCGAGGUGUUCACAGGUGUUCAAGGGCCGGUCAGACAGAUGCCCUUCUUUCCGUCUCACGAUCGGUGAUGCGAUGAUCGCUUGAAAAAUAACACGUCGAUAGUAUCAAAACAGCCGUUGAUCCGAGGGUAAUGAGCAACAUUGACCGUUAAAUUAGCCUGGAAGCGUUCAUCACGAGUCUCGCUCUAAUUAUUGCACAGUAAGGGGUUAAUGCAGCGUUCGAAGGAAAAUGGAUUCGAGCAGCGUGAAAUCGAACCCGAACCCACGAGAACGAGCUAACUUGGUGUCGGUGUUGUUAUGGUGGUGGACGAUAGGAUUGUUCAAGAAGGGCUACAAGAAGAUCUUGCAGACGGACGACCUGUAUGAUCCAUUGAAGACUGAUCGAUCACAAAUACUCGGGGACAGAUUAGAGAAACGAUGGAAGCUCGAACUGGAGAACUCGAAGAAAGGCAAACGACGACCGAGCCUGCUAAGGGCCAUUUUUCGCACGUUCCUAUGGGAGUACAGUAUACUCGGCAUGAUGCAAAUACUGAACGAGUUCAUACUACGGUUGGGGACACCAAUACUUCUCGGCGGGCUGCUACGUUACUUCAAGAAGGACACGGUGGAAACGUACGAGACGGCGCUCCUUUACGCAGGAGGGAUUUGCCUGGCCACGGCGAUAAACGUGAUCUCGCUGAAUCAAGCGAUCUUCGGCGCGUUCCACAUCGGUGCGAAAAUCCGAGUUGCGGCGUGUUCCGUUGUUUAUCGUAAGGCACUGCGUCUGAGCAAGACAGCGCUGGGCGAGACGGCACCAGGGAAGGUAGUCAAUUUAGUGGCGAACGACGUGAACAGAUUCGAUCUCGUCUCCAUAUUUAUUCACCACAUGUGGUCCGCCCCGCUCUCCGCGUUAAUUAUAGCCUAUUUCCUCUAUAUCGAGGCUGGAUACGCUGGACUAAUUGGCAUCGUCGCUGUGUUCGUCGUCGUGCCGAUUCAAUCCUACACAGGAAAGCUGUCCUCGAAGUUCAGACUGCAAACCGCAAUGAAAACCGACGAGAGGGUGCGCCUAAUGGACGAGAUCAUAUCCGGCGUCCAAGUGAUAAAGAUGUACGCCUGGGAGAAGCCGUUCUGCGCGCUCAUAGAGACCGCCCGUAAAUUGGAACUGAAAGUUGUCACGAAGAGCGCGUACAUCAGAGGCUUCUACAUGACCUUCAACCUGUUCACCACGAGAAUGGCGCUCUUCUGUACGCUGCUCAGCAUGCUGCUGUUCGGGAACGACCUGACCGCCGACAAAGUGUUCGUUUUCUCGUCUUACUUCAACAUACUGGCGCACACCAUGUCGGGAAUGUUCGUCCGUGGUUUCGCGGAGAUAGCCGAGUGCAUGGUCGCCGUGAGGAGACUGCAAUACUUUUUACUGUACGAGGAGUUCCAGGAGAAGGGAUUCAGCCUGAACAAAUUCGCCGCCAGUCUGAAUGGCAGUAUCAACAUCGAUUCGAAGCAGACCUCCAACAAAACUUCUAGACACGAUUUGCCAUAUAUUGAUGACGAGGUGGAUACUUAUGAGAAUCUCGACGAAUCCGAGGAGAAGAGGAAACACAACGGGCUGGUUGUGGUCGCCAGUGAUUUGUUGAAGAACACUGCGAAUCUCAUGGGAGAAGGGAAACGUUCGUCUGUGGUGAACGAGGAUACGUUCGCCAUUAAGAUGGCUAAUGUGACAGCUAAAUGGGAACCUGGUCAGUCGGAGAACACUUUGGAAGGAUUGAACUUUGAGAUAGAAAAAGGAAAGAUAUAUGCAGUGAUCGGCAUGGUCGGAGCAGGGAAAAGUUCCUUUCUUUCCGCUAUACUUGGAGAGAUAGAUAUCACUGAAGGUCACGUGAAGGUUAACGGGACUCUGAGCUAUGCCGGUCAAGAGGCUUGGGUGUUCGGGUCGACUGUCAGACAGAAUAUACUCUUUGGUCAGCCUUACGAUCGGCAUCGUUAUCAAAGGGUCGUUAAAGCGUGUUCCCUUCUGAGAGACUUCAAACAAUUUCCUCAGGGUGAUCAGACGGUGGUUGGAGAAAGGGGAAGUUCCUUGUCAGGUGGACAGAAGGCUAGGAUCAAUUUGGCCAGGUCGCUGUACAGACAGGCAGAUAUUUAUCUACUGGAUGAUCCCCUAAGUGCUGUUGACACACACGUUAGUAAACACUUGUUCGAAGAGUGUAUUCAACGGUACCUAGCAGGGAAGACUAGGAUUCUGGCGACCCAUCAGUUGCAGUACGUGAAGAACGUCGAUGUCAUCGUGCUCAUCGAGCAAGGGAAGGUCACGAUAUUCUCGAAUUAUCAGGAUCUGUUGGACAAGCGACCCGAGUACGGCCACCUCCUCGCAACGGAGAGCGAGACGCACGAUGACUCCUCUUUGGAGAAGAGUGUGAUGCGAAGACAAUUUUCAUCGUCGAGCACCAGAAGCCGAACACCGGAAGCUAGUAGUUGUGGCACAGACGACGAAGAGGAAGACGAGGAUCCUGAGAAGUUGAACGACGGUUUCGAAGGGACGUCGCGUGGAGCAGUGAAGGGACCGAUUUUCAUACAGUACUUCAAAACUGGCACCAACACGUGUCUGGCACUUACUGUACUCUUAUUGUUCAUAUGUACACAGUUCACUGUCAGUUUGAACGAUUACUUCGUUCCUAUUCUAGUAAACGCAGAGGAGACGCGGCACUAUCUACUUCAGCAAGCUAAGCUGAACGCUACCAAUGACACGGUGAUUGACGAAUCCGACCUGUCAUCCACGUAUCCCUAUCUGUAUGUUUACACGGCGAUAGUGAUUGGAAUAUUCGUGAUCGGCAUCACCAGAUCCCUCAUCUUCUACAAAGUGUGCAUAUUGUGCAGUCAAAAGUUGCACGACAUGACAUUCAGUGCUUUGAUCCGAACCGGCAUGAGGUUCUUCGACACGAAUCCCAGCGGUAGAAUCCUGAACAGAUUCUCCAAGGACUUGGGAGCGAUAGACGAGCUGCUGCCAAAAGCUAUACUCGACGCCGGACAGAUAUGCAUGAUGAUGUUCGGAUCGUUGACAGUGUCGUGCAUCGUUAAUCCCCUCUUCUUAAUUCCCAUACUGUUCUUGGGGUUCGUUUUCUACUGGAUACGAAAAGUGUUUCUAAAAACGAGCAAAAAUAUUAAGCGAAUGGAAGGAAUUACUCGUUCACCUGUAUUCACUCAUCUAAAUGCAACGCUCAAUGGACUGAGUACCAUCAGAGCCUAUUGCGCACAAGAUAUAUUGAGGAAAGAGUUCGACAAGCUACAAGACGUCCAUACUUCCACUGUUUAUAUGUACGUAGUAGCAAGCACUGCCUUCGGAUUUUCUCUGGACGUCUUUUGCCUUAUAUUCACUUCAUUGGUUACCUUCAGUUUCCUUCUAUUGCAACAGUCUUUCUCCGGAGGCGAAGUGGGUUUAGCGAUUACCCAAGUGAUGGCGAUGACUGGGAUGAUUCAGUGGGGCAUGAGGCAAAACGCCGAAGUGGCCAAUCAGAUGAUGGCCGUGGAACGUGUGCUCGAGUACACGCAGAUAGCACCGGAACCAAAUCUCAGGGAUAGAGGAAAGUUCGCGAAGAAGACGGACAAAGAUGUCGCGCUUCCGGCGAACGCACCAAAGAAUUGGCCCGCUGAGGGGACGAUAAAGUUCAAUCAAGUUUAUAUGCGGUACGCGGAGGAGGAUCCUCCGGUGUUGAAGGGGCUGAACAUUGUCAUUUCUGCUGGGGAGAAGAUAGGUAUCGUCGGUCGCACCGGUGCCGGGAAGUCCUCCCUGAUAUCAGCUUUGUUUAGACUAGCGAAACUCGACGGAGUCAUUGAAAUCGAUGGCAUAGACACUGGCUCUAUUUGCCUGGAGGAUCUGCGACGCAACAUAUCCAUCAUUCCUCAGGAUCCAGUUCUAUUCUCUGGCACCUUGAGACGCAAUUUGGAUCCCUUCAACGAGUUCUCAGAUAAAGCACUGUGGGAAGUGCUUGAAGAGGUGGAAUUGAAAGAGGCUAUCAUCACUGCCGGCACUGGGUUACAGAGUAGAGUGUUGGAUAGAGGAAGCAACUAUAGCGUUGGUCAAAGGCAAUUGGUUUGUUUAGCAAGAGCAAUAUUAAGGAACAACCGGAUACUCAUGCUCGAUGAGGCGACCGCGAAUGUCGAUCCGCACACAGACGCUCUGAUUCAGCACACGAUAAGGAAAAAGUUUGCCAAGUGCACCGUACUUACUAUUGCCCAUCGGCUGAACACCAUUAUGGACAGCGAUAAAGUUUUAGUGAUGGAUAAGGGUCGUAUGGCGGAAUACGACCAUCCGCACGUGCUGCUCCAAAACAGCCACAGCCAUUUCACUUCGUUGGUGAAGGAAACCGACCGCUCGAUGUACGAUCAAUUAGUUAAGAUAGCGAGGCAGUCUUACAUCGCGAAAUACGGUGAACGAUGAUCAAUUGGAAUUCGACGGUCAUCCACCGCGACUCGAGAUAAUGAUCACUGACGGAUGCCGAUUAACACUGAAACCACCGAGUAAUUAAAUCAAAUUUUUACAACUCCUUCAUAGAAACUCCAAAAGUGGCCAUCGAGGCUUCAUUUAAUUUACAAUUCAGUGUUCGUAUUGGCAAAUCAAUUUCUUUAACACUUCUGAAGGUGUCAACAGAAUGUGUCCAAGGAAUUUUCAGAUGAAAACUAUUUUCCUAGUUUAGUCGUAAAUAAUUAAUACUAAAUAAUAAUAAUAAUAGUUUAAUAAUUCUAAAUUGACUACUCAACAUUUUGAGUAGCGAUUAUAAAAAUGAUUAUAAAUGUCCAAAAUUCAAUUGAGAAAUGAUUGAACCGAGAAAAUAAUUUUCAGUGAAAAUUUGAGGCGUCGACACCGGUAGAAAUAGUGUCAAUUUCAGAGAAACAUUUAUCCUUUAAUUGUAAAAACAGGAAUGAGUGAUUUUCACCGGUAAUUUUAGUGUUGAUUGCGUCUGGAUUCUAAUCAAGUAUUACUGUAAGUUCCGAGCCCGAGAAAUCGAACGUUCGUUCGCUUCACGGAACAACCGAGCAGAUUCUGUCCACAGUGCUUCCCGUAAACCGCGCCGUUGAUCGGCGCGCGCAUCACUUCCAACGAGUACUUAUAUUUUUCUACUAUACAAAACAGAAGGAAGAGAGAGAUCGUUUUAUUUUACGAGCGACUUUUUCAAACACGCUGCAAUCCAAGAUCGAAGGUGUUCGGUUUCUUGCGUCGAUUGUCUCGUCUUUUACCGAACGUUUCACGAGCGUGUCACGCGGACGCGUGAAAACACGUCUCGUGUUGCGGGCUUGUUAUAUAGGAGCGAGAGGAGCGUUAUAAAUAACAAUUAAUUUUCACGCGAAUCGAAUCGAAUGUCGGAGGUCGCGUUCAGUGGAAUUUUCGGAAUUAAUGGUUAAGCAUGCCAACGCUUCGUCUCCUAUAUAUUUAUAUAUAUGCAUAUAUACAUAUGUACACAAGAAAGUACUUCAUUACGUCUAUUAAAUACUAGAUCUAUUAAUUUUCUAUGUACGUACUUUAAUACGUUUGUAUAUACCAAGGAAUCAUUGGUGCCAGCGGCAAGUCAAUGUUCAUUUUAAACAUUGUGCGGAGAUUAUACUGUCGUUAUAUUUUUUAUGAAUAUUAUUAUUAUAUAAUAUUGAAGUCUGUAAAUAAAACUCUACUUUUGUAUACACCACUGAUUUAUCGUUUC